CUUUUAGUACUGUUCUCUCAUGUGCAUCAAAAUGGUAAUCUAAAGAAACCUCUUUGAACUUAAAUUACCACUAAAGAUCUAAAUAACCAUGAAAUUUUGGGCUGAAAAACCAAACUACCCAGUCAUGGUCAUGGGAACAGCGAUUUUGGAUGACUCCGCCACUCUCGCUGAGAUAGCCCAUCGUGAAUAUCAAACUGGAAACUAUGACAGAGCAGAACAAAUAUGUAUGCAGCUCUGGAGAAGAGAGCCAAAUAACACUGGAGUCCUUCUUUUGUUGUCRUCCAUUCAUUUUCAAUGCCGUCGCCUUGACAGGUCAGCACAUUUUAGUGCUCUUGCCAUCAAACAAAACCCAAUGCUAGCUGAGGCUUACUCUAAUCUUGGCAAUGUCUUCAAAGAAAGAGGGCAGUUAAAGGACGCGCUCGACAAUUACCGACAUGCUGUCAAGUUAAAACCUGAUUUUAUCGAUGGCUACAUUAACUUAGCUGCUGCCCUAGUUGCUGCUGGAGACUUAGAAGGCGCUGUUCAUGCCUACGCUACUGCUUUGCAAUACAACCCGGAUCUUUACUGUGUCAGAAGUGAUUUAGGCAAUCUAUUGAAGGCUCUUGGUCGCCUAGAAGAAGCCAAGGCAUGCUACCUCAAAGCCAUCGAGACUCAACCCAGCUUUGCUGUCGCCUGGAGUAACUUAGGAUGUGUAUUCAAUGCCCAAGGAGAAAUAUGGCUUGCUAUCCACCAUUUUGAAAAGGCUGUACAGCUAGACCCCAAUUUCCUAGAUGCAUACAUCAAUCUUGGUAAUGUUUUGAAAGAAGCAAGAAUAUUUGACAGAGCUGUUGCUGCUUAUCUGAGAGCUUUGAAUCUAAGUCCAAAUCAUGCAGUAGUCCAUGGAAAUCUUGCUUGUGUCUAUUAUGAACAGGGAUUAAUUGAUUUAGCUGUUGAUACCUACCGUCGUGCUAUUGAGCUCCAACCUAACUUCCCUGACGCUUAUUGUAAUUUGGCCAAUGCACUAAAAGAACAACAAAAGGUUAAUAAGGCAGAAGAAUGCUACAAUACAGCACUACGACUAUGUCCCACCCAUGCUGAUUCCUUAAACAACUUGGCAAAUAUUAAACGAGAACAAGGAAAAAUAGAAGAGUCUAUACGAUUAUACUGUAAAGCUUUAGAUAUAUUCCCAGAAUUUGCUGCAGCCCAUUCCAAUUUAGCCAGUGUCCUUCAACAACAAGGAAAGCUACAAGAAGCUUUACUACAUUAUAAAGAAGCUAUAAGAAUUCAUCCUACUUUUGCUGAUGCCUACUCAAACAUGGGUAACCUUUUAAAAGAGAUGCAAGAUGUUCAAGGAGCCAUUCAAUGUUACACCAGAGCAAUUCAAAUCAACCCUGCAUUUGCUGAUGCUCACAGUAACUUAGCGUCAGUUCACAAGGAUUCUGGAAACAUUCCUGAAGCCAUUCAGUCAUAUAGAACUGCUCUGAAACUCAAAUCCAAUUUUCCUGAUGCCUACUGUAAUCUUGCUCACUGUUUACAGAUCAUCUGCGACUGGACAGACUAUGAUUCUCGAAUGAAAAAACUUGUCUCCAUUGUUGCUGAACAACUGGACAACAAUCGACUACCAUCUGUACAUCCCCAUCACAGUAUGCUCUAUCCCCUUACCCAUGAAUUCCGUAAAGCUAUCGCUAACAGACAUGGAAAUCUGUGUGUAGAGAAGGUGGCAUUACUGCGCAAGCCUGAAUACAACUAUCCUAAAGACCUGAGUCAGUCUGGUGGUCGGCUAAGAGUAGGUUAUGUUUCCAGUGACUUCGGUAACCACCCUACAUCGCACCUGAUGCAAAGUAUUCCUGGUUUUCACGAUAGAAGUAGAGUUGAGGUCUAUUGUUACGCCCUUACACCUGAUGACAACACAAGUUUUCGUAAAAAGAUAUCCCACGAGAGUGAGCAUUUCGUUGAUUUUUCAUCCACUGGGUGCCAUGGUGAUGUGGCUGAUCGCAUCAAUGCUGAUGGAAUUCACAUCUUGGUCAACAUGAAUGGCUAUACGAAGGGCGCACGGAAUGAAAUCUUCGCUCUUCGACCAGCACCGAUACAGGCUAUGUGGCUGGGUUAUCCAGGGACAAGUGGUGCACCCUACAUGGACUAUAUUGUAACAGACAAGACAACAUCGCCAUUGGACUGCACUGAUCAGUAUUCAGAAAAACUCAGUUACAUGCCGCACACGUUCUUUGUUGGCGAUCACAAACAAAUGUUUCCUCACUUAAUGCAAAGCCUGCGAACUGUACCGACUGAAGUCGUGGUUACAGAAAACGGUCAAACCAACGCCAUACACCAACCGCACGCCAUCAGUCGACUUUUGAACGGCGAAACACACCCUAGUCUACUCAACAAGGUGCCUGCUCUUGUAGAAGCCAAGAAAGAGGAGUAUGCCGGGUGUAAAGAUAGCGGCGAAAGAAUUCCAAGUACAACGCCAGUCAUUAAUAGAUCUCAGUAUGGGCUUCCUGAGAAUGCAUUUGUCUACUGUAAUUUUAACCAGCUGUAUAAAAUCGACCCCAAAACUCUCAAGGUCUGGGCGAACAUUUUAAAAAAAGUACCAAACUCCGUGUUGUGGCUGUUGAGAUUCCCAGCUGUCGGGGAAGCUAACAUAAAGGCCGAGAUGGCAUCGGAAGGAGUUGCUGAAGGCAGAGUAAUCUUCUCACCCGUCGCCCCUAAAGAAGAACAUGUACGUCGAGGUCAGCUUGCUGAUGUGUGUCUGGACACCCCUCUUUGCAAUGGCCACACAACGUGUAUGGAUGUCCUAUGGGCUGGCUGUCCAGUGAUAACGUUACCUUUAGAUACUUUGGCAUCAAGAGUGGCUGCUUCACAGCUUACAGCGCUCGGGUGCUCCGAAUUAAUCGCCGACUCUCGGACGAAUUACGAAGAAAUCGCCGUGAAACUGGGAGUCGAUAAACCUUAUUACGAAAGACUUCGCACCAAAGUGUGGAAAAACCGCUUCACGAGUCCGCUCUUCAACACGAGACAAUAUACACACGACCUCGAAAGCUUGUUCUUCAAGAUGUGGAGACGUCGCGAACAAAACCUCGAGCCUGAUCACAUUACUGAGUAACUUAUUAUUAAUAUUAUUAAUUGGAUUACCUAAAUGCAAGUCAAGUUCCCCGCAGCUUGAGGGGAGAAAGAUAUUUUAAAGAAUUACAAUGAAACCGUGCUAUUGUAUGUUAUACAUAAGAAAAGUUAUGAUAUAAGCGGCCAACGAACCUCGGGAUUUUGGGAUCCCUUUGUACAGAACAAUGUUAAAUUAUGUUAGAUGGAAACAGAGCUUCUACUGGUUAUAAAGUCACUAAUGGACAUUGUAGCAAAACUCUAUGGGUAAUUUUAACCUUUUUUUCUGUUGAAUAGUUAUUAAUUAUUAUAUAAGUCUUAUGAUGAAGGGUAUGRUUGAGAAUUAGUAAAAGCCUUGUUUUUCCAAUGUAGUAAA